AGUACUGACGCAAUGUGUCAACGCGAGUUCAGCGGUAACGCACACCACUCGCCAAAUAAGGCAGAAUCUCUCUCCACAAUAUGACAAACGUCAUACCGGCGUCAGGCAUGCACAGCUUUCCCGUUACUUUCAAAGGGUAUAUAAGGUCGAGGAUAUUCGCUUUUCUUCCCCAACAUCUUCUGUCCACACACACCCACAUAUCAACUUAAACUCACAAUCAAUAUCAUCAUCAUCACAAUGGCUGACACUGGACGUCAAUCUAUGACCGACAAGGCUGCUUCUUCUGUGAAGCCCGACUCCCAGAAGUCGAUGACCGAGGAAGUUGGUGACAAGAUGAAAGGAAUGUCCGACUCGGUCGCUUCUACUCUCCAACCGCAGAGCGAGAAAUCCACCACCCAGAAGGUCGGUGACACCAUGAGCGGAAACUCCAACGAAGGGCAGGAGUCUUUGAUGGAGAAGGCCAAGCACGCCACGGGCAUGGGUGAUUCGGAGACGAAGUAGUUCAGUCCUUUCAAUACGAGCGUCUCAUAUACUGUAUUAUAUGUCGGGAUAA